CCAGCAGUGCCACCCACCAGUUCCGCCCACCUGUGCCCAGCAGUUCACCUACCUGUGCCCAGCAGUGCACUCACCUGUGCCACCCAGCAGUGCCACACACCUGUGUCCAGCAAUACCACCCACCUGUGCCCACCCACCUGUACCCACCAGUGCAGCCCAGCAGUGCUGCCAGUCAGUACCACCAGUCAGUGCCCAGUGGUUGUGCUAUCAAUGCCUAGCAGUGCCGUGACACCUCAUUAGUGCUGCCUAUCAGUGCCGCCUAUCCGUGUCACCUCAUUAGUGCUGCCUAUCAGUGCCGGCUAUCAGUGCCCAUCAGUGCUGCCUCAUCAACGCACAUCAGUGAAGGAGAAUAAUUACCUGUUUGA